GGCAGAGGCGCCGCCGCGGGGCCCGGCGGAGGAUGGUGCGCGGCGCGCCGGGGGCUCCCCGCCGCCAGAGCCGCAGCGCCGAGGCGGAGCCGGCUGCGGCGGACAGCCGACCCCCGCACCGCGCGCGGGGCGAGCGGCCGCGGUGAGGCGAGAGGGCGGCGCGGGCGCAGCGCCAUGGGGGCCCUGACGAGCCGGCAGCACGCGGGCGUGGAGGAGGUGGACAUCCCGUCCAAUUCCGUGUACCGCUACCCGCCCAAGUCCGGAAGCUAUUUUGCCAGCCACUUCAUUAUGGGAGGAGAGAAGUUUGACUCCACGCACCCCGAAGGUUACCUAUUUGGAGAGAACAGUGAUCUGAACUUUCUGGGGAACAGACCAGUAGCGUUUCCUUAUGCCGCCCCACCUCCCCAAGAACCUGUGAAGACUCUGAGAAGCCUGAUCAACAUCCGAAAGGACACACUAAGACUUGUAAAGUGUGCCGAGGAAGUGAAGACCCUGGGAGAAGAGGCGGGCAGAGCUAAAGUCCACUACAAUGUGGAGUUCACCUUUGACACUGACGCUCGGGUGGCCAUCACCAUCUACUAUCAGGCCACGGAAGAGUUCCAGAACGGGAUUGCCAGCUACAUCCCCAAGGACAACAGCCUCCAGUCGGAGACGGUGCACUACAAGCGAGGGGUCGGCCAGCAGUUCUGCCUGCCCUCCCACACCGUGGACCCCUCAGAGUGGGCAGAAGAGGAGCUUGGCUUUGAUCUGGACCGAGAGGUUUACCCUUUAGUGGUCCACGCCGUGGUGGAUGAAGGAGACGAGUAUUUUGGCCAUUGCCAUGUACUGCUGGGCACUUUUGAAAAGCACACCGAUGGGUCAUUCUGUGUCAAGCCCCUCAAACAGAAACAAGUGGUAGAUGGGGUCAGCUACCUCCUUCAGGAGAUCUAUGGAAUUGAAAACAAGUACAACACCCAGGAUUCUAAGGUGGCUGAGGAUGAAGUGAGCGAUAACAGCGCUGAGUGCGUGGUAUGUCUCUCGGAUGUCCGCGACACCUUGAUUCUGCCCUGUCGCCACCUCUGCCUGUGUAACACGUGUGCGGACACCCUGCGCUACCAGGCCAACAACUGCCCCAUCUGCCGACUGCCCUUCCGGGCACUGCUUCAGAUCCGGGCCAUGAGGAAAAAACUGGGCCCCUUGUCCCCAACCGGCUUUAACCCCAUCAUCUCGUCUCAGACAUCUGACUCGGAAGAGCAUUCAUCCUCAGAGAACAUUCCACCAGGUUAUGAAGUUGUGUCUCUUCUGGAGGCCCUCAAUGGGCCCCUCACCCCAUCCCCAGCGGCCCCUGCCCUUCACGUGCUUGGAGACGGCCACCUCUCGGGAAUGCUCCCCUCGUACGGCAGUGAUGGCCACCUGCCUCCUGUCAGGACGCUCUCCCCACUCGACCGCCUGUCCGACUGUAGCAGCCAAGGAAUUGAGCUCAAAAAGAGUCUCUCCAAGUCUGUUUCCCAGAACUCUUCUGUGUUGCGUGAAGAGGAAGACGAGCGUUCUUGCAGCGAGUCAGAGACACCGCUCUCUCAGAGACCCUCAGCUCAGCAUCUCGAAGAGGAAUGUGGCAUAACUCCAGAAAGUGAGAAUCUUACCAUGUCAUCGUCGGGAGCUAUUGACCAGUCGUCUUGCACAGGGACGCCUCUCUCUUCCACAAUCUCCUCCCCAGAAGACCCUGCCAGCAGCAGUCUGGCCCAGUCCGUCAUGUCCAUGGUGUCCUCCCAGAGCCGCCACUCCCAGAUCAGCACCGACACGGUCUCCUCCAUGUCCGGCUCUUACAUCGCCCCCGGCACUGAAGAAGAGGGAGAGGCGCUCCCUUCGCCCCGGGCCGCCAGCAGGGCCCCCUCAGAAGAAGGAGAGGUGAUGCCGGCAGCAUCUCCGGACAGCAACUUCGUCGGCCUCGCCGCCGAGGAGCAGGACGCAGAGGGAAAUGAUGUUAUGGAGGAAGAGGACGGAUCCCCCCCACAAGAAGAUGGCCAGAGGACACGCGCAUUUCUAGGUAUGGAGUGUGACAAUAACAAUGACUUUGGCAUCGCAAGCGUGAAAGCACUGGACAAUAAGCUGUGCCCUGAGGUCUGCUUACCCGGCACCUGGCAGGCCGAUGACAACGUUGUCGGUCGUCGGCACACACAGCGCCCGCGCUUACCAUCCGGCAGCCUGGAGGACCCCCAGGACAGGCCUUGCGUGUGGGGUCCUUUGGCCGUGUGAGAGCCCCAGCCCAUCCCUGGGCUCCCUGCCACCCUCACGUUCCAUCCCGGCCUCACUGGACUGCUGGCCUCCUCGGCAUCCUCAGCGAAACCUCGAAGACUCUCUACACCCAGAUGCAAGCUAGACGUGGAGGUCAGCCUGCCCCUGCUCCCGGCCCGGUGUCCUCCGUAAUCCCCACCCUUCCCCACCCAGAAGGAACUGGCAGCCUCCUCUCUCCUCGUGGGCCAAAGCCUCUCAGUGAACUGCAGCUCAUGAGACCUCUUGCAGAGACUCUCUGGAAGGUACCCACCUUGACCUUCAGGUCCACGGGCUGGUUGCUCCUCGUGCAUCUUUUUCUCCUUAGGGGGCACAACCAAGAAGACCUGGAGUCUUGGCAGCUUCAUUACAAACACCCCUCUGGCAUUUUCUGGUCUCUGGAACAUCUGGUCUGGUCACAGCUGGUCCCCUGUGCCUCGUGCAUCUGUGUGCUUAGGAAGGAGGCCUCGAAUCUGAGAAUCCCCCAGUUACGUGACGACCCUCGGGAGGGUUAUUUAGGAGCAGGUGCGUUCAUGAAGGCCUGGGACUCCAUCCUAAGGUGACCUUCCAGAAAACAUCUUUGACCACCUCUGUGUGCCAGGCACCUGUGUUAGGAGCUGUCGGAUGUUCUCACAUUCCCUCACCACAGCCCGGUCCGGUGGUGGUCUUCUAUCUGUUGUCCCUGUCCCCCCCCCCCCCCCCUUUUUGUCAAUAGUUGAAGAAAUAGGCUGAGAGAGGGGUGGAACAGUGAUUCUCAAGUCGGUGCCCAGGAGUCCCACAGGAAGUGGCACACGUGGAGCCGGGGCCUCCCCACCCCAAGUGUUACCCUUCCCUGCCUUCCAGACCUGCUGAGCCUGAGCAGGGGAGGGGGAGGCACUCCUCCCACAGGCUCUUUAGAGAUUCAGAGAUUCUGUGGUUCAGAUCAUAUGCACCACCCCCACCCCCACCCCCGCCACCUCUCCUCAGCCCCGUGCGAGGCAUGUCAACAAAAGUCUAAAACAGCGAGGCCAGGCUGUAAGCUGCUGGGAGUUCCUCCUCUCUGGACAGGGUUGUCAUCGGUGGCUCCGCACAGUUCUUGCACAGAUGUGUCUGUUGGCUUUGGGAAAAGGUGGUCUUUUAGUGGAGCAUGAGAUAGGGAAGCAGAGUUAGAUACAGCAAUUUAUGAGGCCCAGAGACCACAGAGCCUUUAGGCUCUGACCAUCAUGAUGGCCUGUCUUUGUAUUUGGAACUGUUACCCUGGAAGAGCCUUUCAGGGUCGUCUCCAACACCCCAAAGUGAGCCCCGUGCCCAGGGAAUCCUUCACCCCUUCCGUGUGGCUUCUUUGCACUGCCAGGCGGUGGUGACCCUUACCCGGCCUAGUGGUUAUGGCUCAGGUCCUGCCCUGGUGGGGGGAAGGCCUGCUGUCCCAACAGACAUGAUAUGUGAGUCAUGCCUGAAUCUAAGCUUCUGUCUUGAGUCCCCAUGUCCCCCUCUCUGAGGCCCUGCCGGGGCUUCUGGACCCUGCUGCUUCAGGCCCGACUCCUGUCCUUUCCCCCAACAUCCUUACGGCCCCUUCUGCGGUUGAGGUCAGAGCAAUAACCCCACUGCCUGAUUUCCUUGAAGUUUAAGCCCCAGGGAAUGGGGAUCUUCCCUCAGCCGGGGGUGGCGGCCCACAGCCUCCCUCCCCUCUCGGCAGGUAGUAUUCACCGUGUGGUGUUACCCAAGAUGAAGGAGAUGUAGGUAAACAGUUGCCACAGUGGCCAGGAGCCCUGAGAGAAAAGCAUUAUCAUCACCCCUCCUGGAGGGUCUGUGUCCUUCCUUACAGCACAGGCUGGGUCCUCUCCCAGCAAGAGGCUCAGAAAGAUUCUUUAAGGUCUUGGUUCCAUAAUCAAGACAUGCCCAGGUCAGAAAUGGCCCUUUCGCUCCUGUUCCUCGGACCGAUCCCUCUGUGUCUCUGUCACUCUGUCUCUCCUACCUCUUUGUUCUCAUUUGGCUCUGAGGCAAGCAGAAACAUCCCAUCCAAAGGAGCUGGUCUUUAGUCAGCUUGGUCAGGGAACAGGGCAGCUCCUGACCCUGCCGCACCCAGUCCGUCAUCUGGAGACAGUUGUGUUAUGAGCAGUUGGCCCAGUGAGGAUGGGAUGGGGCCUGGCCUCUCGCACAAGGGCACAGACUUCUGGAGGCCUGUGGCUUCUCCUGCCAACUCUGGCCCGAGGUCCCUGUGGCCUCCAGGUGGUGUGCUGAUCCCGGCCGCGUGGAGCCUUCCUUCCUUCCCCACCCAGCUCCACCCAUUGGAGUUUAUGCCCGCACUGGGGCAUCUCCUGGGCAUAGAGCCGCACACUUUGAGCUGUCUCACCUGGGGAGAGUUGGUGUCCUGUCCACCUGAUCUUGGCAUGCUGGUUGAUCACUUUGCUUUAGGACCUGCACACCUGGUGUGUGCAAGUGUGUGUGUGUGUGUGUGUGUGUGUGUGUGUACUGUUUGUGCCAUCUGUGUACCCCUCACUCCUUGGAGUACACUCGUGGGCACACUACAGUGGGGACAUCAAGGAUGCAAUAUUUAUGGACUGCUGCAUGAUUCUUUAAAACGAAUAAAACUGUUUACAAGGGAAGGAGA